AUGGGAUUUCCUAAUACAAAUGUGCUUGAGCCUCAUGAAGAUUCUACAAAACAACGAAUAACUUGUACAAAGAACUCUCCUUGUUUCGAUCCUAGAUCAAUUUCACCUCUUCCUAUUGAUCUGAAAAUAGCGUACAGUGCUGAAGACAGGAAGAGUAUUGGUACAGUAUUUUAUUUAUAUACUACUCGACACCCUCACGUAAAAGAGAUUCUUAACGUAGAUAAUUCUACAACAAUAUGGAAAAGCAGCUUCAAUCCUGAAUUGCCCACAAAAAUAAUUGUUCAUGGAUACAUGAACGGCGUGUUUCUUUCCACUUGGAUGAGGAGGAUGAAAGAUGAGCUAUUAUCUGAAGGGCACUACAACGUGAUAUUAGUGGACUGGAGUAGAGGAAGUUCAUUCACAAAAAGAGAUCAAGCCAUAGCUAAUUCGAGAGUAGUUGGAACUGAGGUUGUCAUUCUUAUCAAAGGUCUUCAGAGAUACAAAUGUAGUGUAGUAUUUUAUGACGUUCAGGUUAUCAAAGGAGCUAGACUAGAAAAGUUCCAUAUUAUUGGACAUAGUUUGGGAUCACAUGUGGCAGGUUACGCCGGAAAGCAUAUUAAGGGAAUCGGAAGAAUUACAGGCUUGGAUCCUCACAUCAGAAAUGUUCCUUCGGAAAUUCAGUUGAAUGUACACGACGCCGUGUUUGUCGAUAUCAUUCAUACUGACACUGAAAGACUUAUGUUUGUCAUUAGAGAUUAUAAUACAGUACCAGUAAUGGGUGACGUCGAUUUUUACGUCAAUGGGGGAGACUAUAAUCCUGCUUGUCAGUCAUUAGCCUCAAGAAAACAACUUGCCAGAAACUUAUUCGAUGCCUUAUUGUACACAGCUGCUUGCGAUCAUAUGAUUUCCACCGAAUACUUCAUAGCCUCAAUAAGACAUCCCAAUUGUUUUGUGAGUGUCCCGUGUUUCGACUAUUUCGAAUUUCUUUCUGGAAAAUGUACAUGUAACGCAAGCAACCCCUGUUCUGUUAUGGGACUACAUGCCGAUAAAUAUACCUACAGAACGCCAUUCAAGGGUAUAAACAGAAAUUUCUACCUCCAAACUGGUAGCAAAUAUCCAUUCUGUAGAAGGAAAUAG